AUGUGGUCAACCCGACUGAUCCUCGGAUCCACUGCUAAUCCAGGCUCCAUAUGCCGAGCAUUAGCGAUGGAUCAUUCCGAACAAGUGGCUCUAUGGGGGGUUAGACAGUCCAUCUUCCUUCAAGGGCAACACGAACGACGUCCAUAUUUGGCGAGAGAGCGGCGGUUGGCUCUAAUUAAAACUCGGGACAGGAAAUCAAUCGCUUUUCCCGCUCAGGAAGUCCAUUCAUCCGGUUUCUGCACGAUCCAGGAGGCACUUGUUCUCGACGUCGUCACUCUGUUACGGUUGAAAUAUAUUUAUCGCUUCGCCAAGAAUAUCUCUUUCGUCAGUUCGCUGCGUUUCAUUUAA